UUGGAUGAAAAGCAUUAUCACAAUGUUACACAUAUAUUUGAUCUGGCUCGCCUUGAAUCUGAUUAAAGAAUCCAGUGGGCAGAUUGUGAUCACUCAGACACCAGCCUCAGUACAUGUAAAUCCUGGGGACAGAGUCACCAUUCACUGCAAAGCAUCCUCUUCCAUGAGUGAUGACAUGGCUUUAUACCAAUUUAUCCCAGGAAAAAAACCCAAGCUCCUUCUAUAUGAUAGUUCCAGCCGUUUCACAGGGACCCCAGAUCGCUUUAGUGGCAGCUACAGUGGCACUGAAUUCACCUUCACUAUCAGCGGUGUACGUCCUGAAGAUGAAGCGGAGUAUUACUGUGGCCAACACUACAGCUACCCGUACACCUUUGGUGUUGCGACCAAGCUACAGAUCAAACGUAAGUACGAUGCCACCCCUUUGGCAUCCAUUUUCCCACCCUCUCAGGAGCAACUUAAAACCAACUCAGCGACCGUGGUAUGCCUGGUCACUAGAUUCUAUCCGAGUGAGCUGAACGUGGUCUGGAAAGCAGACGGCAAAGCUGUCACUGGGGAUGUCCAAACCAGUUCAGCAGCAAGUGAAGCAGACAAGACCUACAAACUGAGCAGCACCCUGACACUCUCCAGAGAUGAAUAUAAUUCCCAUGAGACGUAUUCUUGUGAAGUGACACACAAAACAUUAACUGAGCCUCUUGUGAAAAGUUUCAGGCGCUCUGAGUGUCCUUCGUAGGUUCCUCCAUGAUGCCUAAAAUCCUCCGCAAUGCAAUGUAACUUCCAUUUUCUCACUAAAUCGUGUUUCGCCUAUAAAACAACUGUAGCAGACAUUGUCUCCCAGUAUAAUGAACGAAUGAAAUAUUUCAUGUUCUUUUCAUAUUUCACAAUUCUUCAAGAUUUCAUGAUCUGUCCUUUCACUGUAAUACACGAUCUAGCAUCAUUCCUUUCUUUUCCCUGUGUUAUUAGUGGAAAAUAACACACAAAUAUUAAUAAAGGCAUUUGUUUUAAAAAC